AUGGUCGGAAGACUUACCGCGAAAUUCAACAGCUACUAUGCUGCCCGCCCAGUACUCACCAUGAUGAUUACGAACGCAGUACUUGGAGGUAUAGCAGAUACAGUGGCACAAUCCAUAACAGCUGUGAGACUAGCCGCAGUGCGAAAACAAGGAGGAGUGAGGAAGGACGAUACAUUGGCGAUAGAAAUCCACGAAUUGGAUAGGAAGAAUCCGUUCAACGAUCGUGAUCUCAUCCCAGAUUCCAAGAUCCUGCCACCACCCUUUGACUUCGAACGAUUGACUCGGUUUAUGGCGUAUGGGUUCGUGAUGGCGCCUAUACAGUUCAAAUGGUUCCAAUUUUUAUCGAAGGCAUUUCCAAUUACAAAAUCAAGCGCUUUCGGACCCGCACUCAAGAUGGUGGCAAUGGAUCAAUUGGUCUUUGCACCUGUCGGCAUUGCCAAUUUCUUUACCGUCAUGACCGUUGCAGAGGGUGGAGGGAAGAGGGCAGUUGUACAAAAGCUGCGAGAUAUGUAUCUACCAACACUCAAGGCCAACUUUAUGGUCUGGCCUUUGGUACAGAUUAUUAAUUUCCGCCUCAUGCCGCUUCAGUUCCAAUUACCAUUCGUUUCAACCGUGGGGAUUGCAUGGACAGCUUAUCUCUCCUUGUCGAAUGCCGCAGAAGAUGCCAUGGAUGUUCGAUCAGCUCCGGUAUCACCCAAUAUCAGAUUACUAUAA